AUGCCUUCAACAACUGCUUAUCUUGAUUCAUACAAUACAAGUAUUGAUCGAAUUAAUACUUGUAUUAUGUCAGCUGUUUUCUCGCCAGAUAAUACACGUUUAAUCGCUUCUGAUGAUCAAGGUCGUUUAGGAUUAUUUUAUUCGUCACCUCAAAUAUCAUCAAAACCAAUAUUUCUUACAACUUUAUCGAAUACACAUCAAUCACAAAAUAAUUCCAUAUCCAAUAAUAAUAAUAAUAGUAUUUCACUUGCAUCAUCUGCUAAUGGAAUGUUAAUUGUUGUUGGUGGUAGUAAUCAUAAUGGACUUGUACAAGGUUAUCGUUGGUCGGAUAUAAUAUCAAAUAAAAGAACAACGCCAUUACCAUCGGAUGCAUUUUCAUUUGAUCUUGCACGUGGACCUAAUGAAAUAUUUGUUUGUGUACAAGCUCCAACAAAAAAACAACAACAAAAAACAGAUGAAAUCAUCGUUGGAUCAAGUACUGGAACAUUAAGAGUAUUAAAUAUUGAACGACAAACAUUAGUAACAACAGUUGAUGCAGCUCAUAAAGGAACUAUACAUCAAGUUGCAUUUGCUAAUGAUGGAAAACGUGUUGCUUCCUGUUCAGAAGAUGGAACAUGCAAAAUUUGGGAUUUAUCAUCAUCUUCUCAUCAACCAAUUCAUACUAUUGAAACAAAAAAAUGGAUUAGUUGUUGUGCAUUUGAUAUGGCUACAGAUCGUUUGGUAAUUGGUGGUGAAUGUCCAUUAUCACUUUGGCAUUUAGCUAUGUUAAGUUCAUCAACAAAACAAAAACCAUUACUUGUUUAUAAUUCUAUUCCAACACCAAUUUAUUCUCUAGCAUUAUGUUCAGCUGAUGAUGAUACAAUACUUGUUGGUGGUGAAACAAAUAAAUUAUAUUCAAUACCAAAAAAUGGUGAUGAACAAGCAAUGACAAUAAGUCGUCCAACAACUCCCUCACCCAUUUAUACAAUUGCUACAACAAUAAACAAUACUUCAAUGAAAGAAAAUGAAGAUAUUAAAAUUGCUGUAGGUGGUAGUCAUUAUCAUAUUGAUUCAUUUACAAUUACAGAAGCAAAUAUUCGAAAAAUUGGACAUUAUGAAUUUUCGAAAUAA